AUGGAUAUUGUCGAUCGGGAUAUGCAGCGGGCUGAGCUCCAGGCCACGCGCCAAUGGUCUCAUGAAAGUAAAGAGCGCCGGUCAUUGCGCAGCCAGAGAUCUCAGCAAUCUGGAAUUUCGAGCUCUACAGGCUCCAGCACAUCCUCUGCACCCGAUAUGGGCAGAAUAGCUACUGCUGGAGCCUCAAGCGCAACAGUUCCUUCGACACGGGCCGUGAGAACGAGGACCCAUCCCAUUGAGGACCUCAGAAUGGAAACACAUCGUCUGCAGCAAGUUCAGACCGUGGGAGCAAGUAUAAAGUCAAAGGCGGACACCAAACCUCUACCCGAAUUUGGUGGUGGAAAACCAUAUCCUCCCGAUCUGCCAGCGCAGGAAGAGUACGUUGUGGAGUUUGAUGGCAAAGAUGAUCCUCUACAUCCUCAAAAUUGGCCCUUCAGGCGAAAGUUGUACAUGGGCGCAAUCCUGGCUUAUGUCUGCUUGUGCAGUACUUUCACAUCCUCUAUUUUCUCCGCCUCGACCUUCAGUGUGGCUGCUCAUUUCGGAGUCAGUGCUGAAGUGGCCACGCUCAGCACGUCCCUUUACGUCCUAGGGUACGCAUUUGGCCCGUUGAUAUGGGCUCCUUUCUCAGAAUUGCGAGGCAAGUGGUGUCGAAAACUGCCCAUCAUCGUUGGAAUGUUUGGCUUCUCGGUCUUCUGCUUUGGCUGUGCCACAGCAAAGGAUCUACAGACAGUUAUGAUUACCAGAUUUUUCACAGGGUUUUUCGGUUCGUGUCCGUUGGCCGUCGUGGCUGCCGUCUUCGCCGACAUGUUCGACAACACACAGAGAGGCACAGCUAUUGUCAUCUUCUCCUCAAUGGUUUUCAUGGGCCCGAUGCUCGGACCGUUCAUUGGAGGUUUUAUCAACAAAUCCUACCUAGGAUGGCGUUGGAACCUGUACAUUCCGGGCAUAAUGGGCUCGGCGGCUGUGUGCCUGGUCAUUUUAUUCGUCCAAGAAUCCUACGCCCCUGUGGUCUUGGUGAGCAAAGCCGCCGAACUGCGCCGCCGAACUAAGAAUUGGGGCAUUCACGCGAAGCAAGAGGAGGUUGAGGUGGACUUCAAAGAGCUCAUCACUAAGAAUUUUUCUCGUCCAAUUCGACUCCUGGUCUCCGAGCCCAUCAUUCUGGCCAUCACCUGCUACAUGUCAUUCAUUUAUGGCCUCCUGUACUGCUUUCUGACGGCCUACCCUCUGGUUUUCCAGGGUGUCCACCAUAUCACUCCUGGUGUCGCAGGCUUACCUUUUUUUGGAAUGGUCGCUGGGAUCUUCAUCGUCGCCGGCUAUAUCAUCUGGGAUUCCAAGGCCUAUAACAAGAAGCUUGCGGCUAAUGGCGGAAUUCCAGUCCCAGAAUGGCGUCUUCCGCCGGUCAUUGUCGGGGGAGUGCUGUUUGCCGCUGGUCUUUUCUGGUUUGGUUGGACGGGCUACAAGGCAUCAAUUCAUUGGAUCGUUCCGACUCUGUCUGGUCUCUUUACCGGGUUUGGUCUGUUGGCUAUCUUCAUCUGUUGUUUCAACUACAUCAUUGACUCGUACCUCAUGUUCGCUGCUUCGGCCAUUGCAGCAAAUACCUUCCUGCGAUCGUGUCUUGCUGCAGGAUUCCCCCUUUUUGCGCGCCAGAUGUUUGAUAACCUCGGCAUCGAAUGGGCUGCCACGCUUCUUGGCUGCGUUGCUGCUCUUUGCGUCCCGAUACCUGUGUGCUUUUACUUCUUUGGCAAGAAGCUCCGCCAAAGAUCCAAAUUUGCACCUACCAUGGCGAUCCGGAAGCCUGUGGACGAAGAGGGUGGUAGUGAAGAAGAAGAACAGGAAGCCAACAUGGCCGCUUUACAUGCUACGCGCAGCCGUGCGCACCACGAUUUGGAGGUGCGGUCGAGGAGGACUCGCACGAACGGCAGCCUGGGAACGACAACCAGUAAUCCCGGACAUGAUCCAGAAAAAAGUGCAUAG